AUGUCUGCGGAUCUCAAUACAGGUAGAAAUCCAACGUCUGUCUUGCAUGAUAAUGUAAGACAAAUCACAGAACGAACUCAUCAUUUAGAAGAAAGUACAAGAAGAGCUCUUCAAUGUUUACCUGAUGUAUUAACUGAACAACAAAUAAGACGUUUAAAAGAGCAUAAAUAUGCUUCAGAAGGAACAACUUUACUUGAUCCAUUAAUGCAAAAAUUUUGGAAAAGACUUGUUGAAUAUUGUCCAUUAUGGGUCGCACCAAAUCUUAUUACUAUUGUUGGUUUAAUAAUAAAUAUUGGUACUAGUGUUUUACUAAUGUAUUUAACAAAUGGUGCAAAAGAACCAUGUACACGAUGGAUGUACUUUUUUACGGCACUUGGUCUUUUUAUAUAUCAAUCACUUGAUGCUAUUGAUGGUAAACAAGCUCGUCGUACCAAUUCUUCAACACCCUUAGGCGAACUUUUUGAUCAUGGUUGUGAUUCAGUUUCCGCUGUAUUUGUCACACUUGCAGGUUGUUGUGCUGUACAACUUGGACUUUAUCCAUGGGUUAUGUUUUGGUGUUGUAUGUCUUCUUAUAUUGCUUUUUAUUGUGCUCAUUGGCAAACAUAUGUUUCAGGAAAACUUAGAUUUGGAAUACUUGAUUGUACUGAAGCUCAAUGGUCAUUUAUAGUUAUUUAUUUGAUAAGUACUAUAACACCUAAAUUUUGGUCUACAACGGUACCCAUGAUAAAUAUUCCAUCUAGUGUAUUUGCUGGAUUAUUAGCUUUAUGUUCAUCAGUAUGGAGUGCAGCUAAUAAUAUUCGUACAAUUUCAAAAGGUGGAUGUGGAAGAAAUUUUUCAUCGGUUGCUGGUACAAGUAUUAUUUUUCCUAUAUGGCCUAUUGCUUUUCUUAUAUUUCUUGCUUAUAUUGCUUCUAAUUAUUCAAUAUCACAUUCACUUCAAGAACAUACAGCACUUCAUUUAACUUGUUAUGGUAUUGUAUUUUCAAAAAUUACAAAUCGAUUAAUAAUAGCUCAUAUGUCAAAAAGUCCACUUGAUACAUGGGAUACAGCUUAUUAUGGACCUGUAGCUGUUUGUGUCAAUCAAUAUUUCAAUUGUUUUAUAAAAGAAGAAAUCUUUUUAUGGAUUUUUCUCAUUUAUAAUUUAUAUGAUUUACUUCGGUAUAAUAUAAAAGUAUGCCAAGAAUUAUGCGAUGCUUUAGAUAUACAUUGUUUUCGAAUUGAAGUACCAAUAGCUCCGACACCUGAUCGUACCCAUUAA